GCCCGACGUGCUCACUAAUCAAUGAAUUUCUAGUCACCUAAAUGAAAUUGCGGUUCCCGGUCUCCCCGGCCUGAGGAAGGAAAUCCAUUCAUGUUCACGAGCAAUUAUCUUUUGACCACCAGAUACCAUGGCUGAAGUGGCCGCAACUGCUAUUGGUAUUGCGGGAGUUGUAGGAGUCCUCCAAAGCCUGCUCCAAUGCUACAAAGAUUUCCUAACGGCUCGGAACUUCGAAGGCGACUUUGCAUACAUGCAAUUGCGCGCAGCCUUGUUAGAAAACUCCACAACAACCUGGGCUAUCGCCGUUGGACUUAUCGAUGAUUCGGGGGUCUCACGCAACAAAUUUCUCGUUGCUCGACCAACAGAGCAGAGAGCCGAAUUAGUCAAAGCGACUUUGGACCUUAUCCGCAAGCAACUAGUCACUACAAACACGUCGCUCGCAACUUACACGAACGAGGUGCCGGCUGUCCAAGACGCUUCGAACGCCGAAGAUCUUUCGACCGCUUCCAUAGGACAGAGCGACAAACUGUCUAGGGCGAAGAGGAUUGCGAGUAAACUCCAUCGUAUGGUUCAGAAACGGUGUAAUGAGCAACACCCGGGAUUUAUGAAGCAAACAGUCUGGGGACUUAUCGACAAGGAUCAACUCGAAGCCGAUCUGGAUAAAGUAACGACGUUAGUCGAUCGGCUCAAUACUGAUUUUGCCCCUCUCAAUCAAAAGCAACAGCUUGACAGAUACUGCCAAGAUAUCAAAGAUCUGAGAAUGAACGAGGAAGAUAUUCGGGAGGUUGGGGAAAUCCCUGGUGAUCGAAUUUCUCGGGCGGCUUUGAAGAUGCUUGACAAUGAACGUUCGACCGGCAAUAGGUUUAUCGGGACGAUUAUUACCAAGGAAGGUAAAGUGAGCGUCGGUGAUUUCUACGACAAAGAUUGGCAAGGUACAAGCAUGGUAAAGACACAGAGUCGCAACAAUAGGUUUGAAGAUACCUCCGUGACCGAUUCUGCUUUAUUAUUUGUUGGGAAUAUCCAUGGCGGGAAAAGCCCUAUGGAUAGGUAGGCGAAGAUAGCAACUGCUACCAACCACCCUUUUACUUAUACAUGCUGUACAUGUCGCUCUGGCAUGUGAACCUGAAGUAGAUUGGAUGAAUGGGCACUCUGUCCUACAGAAUACUUGUUGGCUUUCUUUUUAGUCGAGAUAACAGAUAACGCUUCUUAAGAAAUUAAGAGAUCUAUUAUACCUCUAGA